AUGGACGCACCCUGGCAUAUGAUGGGGGGCAACGUCGUCGUGAAAAACACGUUUUUGCACGCCACCACGUCGGCUGGAGCCAGGAGAAGGGCUUCCUCCUAUCCACGAGACAACUGUGUGAUCCCUGCGAUGCCUUGUUCUGAGAGCUCUGGGACAGGGCCAGCCUUUUCAGCUGAGAUGUGCGGGCAGACUUCGAUGGUGUUGCGCAACAUUCCCAAGAGUUUCACUCGAAGCAUGUUGUGCGAUCUCCUGGAAGAACAUCGGUGCCUUGAGGAGGUGGAUUUCUUGUACCUCCCCAUUCGGCACAGGGAUGGCCGUUGCUUGGGGUACGCCUUCAUCAACUUCACUACGUCAGCAGCUGCCCUCUCGUUCCGCGGGCACUUCCACCACAUGGAGCUGCCUUGCUCGCUGGGGUCUUGCCCGGAGGGGACUUCGCUCCGAGCGGGCGCUGGGCCAGCUGUGGUUCUAGUUGUGCAUGCAAACACACAGAUGCAGAAUUUGGAGGAACUCCUUGCAAAGUAUACCGACAGCCCCAUCUUGCAUCCUCGUGUGCCGGAGUGGUUGAAGCCGAUCCUUCUGGAGAAUGGAAGGCAGGUUCCUUUCCCAUUGCCAACCAGGCCGGUGGAGCCCCCUGAGUUGGCGCGGUGGGUGCAACGCUGGCUCCAAGCAAAGUUCCUUUUCCAGUUCCCGGUCGACACGGUGCGCCGGGCGCGCCUCGAUGCCGCAGGACCUGUGGUCUACCGCAUCGCACGGGGGCUGAAGCGACUCUUCGAUAAAAGCUUCGAGCUGGUGGAAGGAGGCGUCGACCGGAACGGCAAAGGGUUCUCUGUCGUGGCCUGCCCCGUCGCCCGAAAUCUGGUGAACAUGGACGUCGGAGCGCAGGGAGCCGUGCGACGCGCCGGCGGCCGUGAGUUGGAGGAAGCCAUCGCACAGCUCCAGCGCCACUGGGAGCCCGUGCCGGUGACUUUUGUCACUGGCGGACAGCUCUCUGAGAAGGUGGCACUGACGCUGACGGAGAUCCCGUCGACCGUGCUGCGCGUGUUCCAGAACUUCCAAUCGGACGAGGAGGAUCGGCAUAUGGCUCUGAUGUCGUGGCUUGACCGACUGCAUGAUGAGCUCCUCAGCGCAGUGCGAGCCGCGGGGCACCGCACCCUGGCCAUGCCGACGUUGUGUACAGGCGGCAUCGGCAUCCCUGUGCAGUUUGUAGGGGUGGCCGCGGCCCGGAGCGUGUACCGCGACUUCUUGGCAAAUCCAGCCGACCCUCUACGAGUUCGCAUCUGCUGCUUCGAGCCCGGCCAUCUUCACAUGGUACGAGCGAUCAAGGACGAGAUAGUUGACAACUUCUACCGCCCCGAGUCCGCUGAGGAUUUGGUGGCACUCCUGCAGCGGUCCAAUCGAGAUGGCCGCCCGCCUAGUCCCAACGAGGCCUGCCGAUGGAGGCCAAGCUCGAGUACAACCUUGGACUUAGGGGAGGAAUUCCGGCGUCCCAGCCGCUGA